AUGGAGGAAGACGGUUACAACUUUGAUGAAGAAGCUCGUAAAUUAUUUAAGUUCACCGAAUUAGUUUUAGAAAGAAGCAAACAUAAUAAUGAAUAUGAACGUGCAUUGCUUGAGAGUAAAUUUCGAGAGAAUUACAAAAGUGAUUUUUAUAAUAUUAAAAAUUUACUAAUAAAUCGAAUGGAUCUCAUUCCAUUGGAUGUGAUGUCCAACUAUGUUACAGAGUAUUCAGCAUUAAAGAACAUAAAUUUUAAAAAGGAAUGUUCUAUGAAGGAUGAGGUUCAAACACUAAACGUACCAAGAACAAAAAAUGAUCACAUAAUCAUAUCAACUAAAGAUUUUAAAAAUACUUUGAAAGAGUCCUCUCCAAACUCUACAAUGGCCGUAUCUAGCCAAAAAGUUGAUCAAAGGGAUAUACGUACUAAACAGAAGAAGACACAUGUUGACACAGAAGAAAAGCAAAGGAAGCCUCUUGAUGGAUCAUUCAAAGACGAUGCAAUGUUGGCUGAGUCUAUUAUAGAUGACAGGAAAGAUAUAAACAUAAUUAAGCUAAAUGCUUUCCUUCCUGAAUCCAAUAUAUUGAGUAAUGAUCCAAAUAAUAAACAAGAAAAACAAGCUAUUUCAACAAAUGGAAAAAUGACACCGUCUGCAACUGAGAACUCAGAUAUAUCUUCUAUUUCAAAGGAUUUUACCAAUAGGAAGGACAAAAUUGAAUCUGUAAAAAUGAAUAGUCCCAAAAAGGAUAACUCUAAAGUAGUAGAUUCUCUAAAAGCUAUUCAAAAUAACAAAGAAAAGGAAACAGUAAAUUGUUUGAACGAUAAUUCCAAUAAGGCUGACUUUAUACACAAAAAUUCUACUGUCUCAGUCAAUAAUAGCUCAUCUAUACAAUCUACUCAACUCCAACCUAAUAUAACUAAAGAUGUUACAUCUAACUUAGAGGAGCAGACUUCAAGUAUAAUAUCAUACAGCAUAUCUUCUCCACCUGAAAAACAGUCACAAUCUGAUCAAGUGAAAGAUAAUGAAAACCCGAUAUUUGGUACUUCAACAGUCCCUAAACCUAUAUCAGAGGGUCAUAAAGUGCAUUUAGAUGCUCCUUACAACAAAGCUUAUUCUUCUGCUUACAAACAGGGAGAAACCUCUGAACAACAACUACUCAACAAAUCCUUUGAUAUUUUAUCGAACAGCUCCCAACACCAGUUGACUAAUACAUCAAUACAUAGUUUUUCCGAACCAGUUAAUGAACAAUUACCUAAUUCAGGGAGUAACAAUGAGUUUAGAUCUUUUAAGCCAUCCAUAGAAAAUAUAAUAUCGAGACCAUCAAAAGUACUCAACACUGGUAAAUCUACAAUAGCUACAUCUGUUGCUGCCCAGGAUACUGGUUCUUUACAAGUUCAAGAUAGUAAGAAGGAGAAAGCUUCUAAUCAGCUUCCAGAAAACGGUCAAAGAAAGGAAAUAAGUAACCCAUGCCCAGUUACGAACUUGCCUAGAUCUUCAGAGCCACUUGAAGUGACGCAAGAAAACAAAGAAAUAGAAACACCAAAAGCUUCACAACUAUCUAAAAACUUAGAAACAUUUCAAGCAACAGAAACACCUAAAGUAACACAGGGAUCUAGAGAUACAGAAAUGCAUGAAGUUUCUCAAUCUGUACCCCAAGCUAUAGGACUUCCUAAAACUACAAAAUUACUUAAGGAUAUAGAAACAUCUAGAGUUGCACAACCACUUAAGUCAGUAGAAAUAUCCAAAUCAUUAGGAACAUCUAAAUCUGCGGAAGUAUCUAGAGCGAUACGAGCACAUAAAGUAACGAAAAAACUGAAAGCCAUACGAAAAUCUAAAGCUUUACAACAGCCUAAAUCUUCUCAUACAUAUCAACGAAAUCAAUUACUUGAAACUAUCCCAAUUCCAAAUACAACAAAUCUGCAUGAAACUACUAAAGCAACUCCAGCCACCAAAGCAUCAACAACCAAAAAAGAAAACCCAACCCCUAUCAAUUUAUUAACUGUAAAGCAAUCAUCAAUUGAUGUAGCUAGUGGUGCAAACACGAACAAUGCGGGUACCACUACAUCUGGAGAAGUAAAAAUAUUGCAGCAGUUAAUGAAUAUAGCAGAUAAUAAAUUGAAUUUGUCAGAUGAAACUAGAGCUCAAGGUAAAGCUGAUAAGAUUGAAAAGAAUAACGGAAUAAAUUUUCCUAUUUAUAAUUUUAAUAAUUAUAGUAAACAAAAUUUAGAAUCCCAAUCAUCUAAACAGAUGGAGCAUAUGGAUACUCCCAAACAUCUCUUUCCAACGCACGCUAAUCAAUCUUUAGAAAGUAGUGGUUCAUCAACUAAUAUCAAACAAAUAAAAAAACUUUAUUCGUUGCAAGUUCACCUGAACCUAAAAUAA